GUUUCACCAUCUGGUAACACUGCAACUGGGCAAUUGUUUAUAUCUGAAACGUAAUAGAAAAGCGCAUAGUUUAUUGAACAAUACACGAAGCACAAUAAGCUCAUCCCCGGCAGAUAUGAACGAAUCGGUGCGCUACGACCGUGGUCACCAGGUGCAGCUUGGUGUCAUUAACAAGUCUCGGGUAUCCUCCGCCGAGGAGGAUGCCCAGAGUCUGCCGCCGCAGGGAACGGGCAACAUCUUGUUCACCCACGACGGCGUGCUGCUGAAAAAGGCCAGCGCGGAGCACAUCGCGGACCUAAACACCAGUGGGUCCCUGUCCCUGGUGGAGUACUCGUGCUCCUCCGCAGAUGUGCCUCGCAGGAGACUACUACUUGAGUGGCAGCCCAACGACAGCAUCAUGAUAGCGGAUGACAGCCAGGACCAGGGGGACUGGGCGCUGGUUGACAGGAUUUCCGGGAGAACUCGCACUACCUCCGAGUGCCGCGCUUUCAACACGAAGCCCAGCGAAGCAAGUGGCGGAGCUGGAGCCAUCCGCUCGCGAGUCAUGCGUGCCCAGCUCGAGGACUUGGCCUCCGUGGAGGUUCGCCACCGUGGCCAGACCAUCCGCCUUAUGCGCAAAGCCGGUGGCGUCCACAGCGAGUUCUUCUUCCAGCACGGGAACGCAGACCUCUUUGUGCGCUCGAUGCGCGAUCUGCACUUCAUCGAAUGCGCCGAGACCAGUCGCAAUGGCGGCGAGGAGUAUGCCAUCUUGACUACCGAGAACCAGAAGCUGAGAAAGACUUUUGCCGAACUCGACAUUGGCCAAAUAAAAUCUAGCCAUUUGCCGCGUGACAGCUGGCUGCCCAACAAGCUGGCCGGAUUCUUGGGAAAUAUUCCUGACUACGUGCAGCCGCCGUUCCAGCGCUCACCCAAAUCCCGUCCAGGAGUCCUGAUCUCCGGCGACCGGCAGACGGCGCCGGACAACUAUCAGAUCAUAGGGCUAAGUGGCAGCACCAACAGUGCCUGCUCCUCUAACGGACAGAGUCGCGGGGGAAGUGCGGAAAAGUCUCCCGCUGACAGUGAGCUGGAGAACCUAAAUGCUCAGGAUGAGAAAAUAGUCAACAACUUGCCGGAUCGACAGCGAGUGGAGCGAGGCUCUCCUCUCACCGAGUCGCAGUGGCUGGAGUUCCAAACGACCGACGGGCGCAUUUUGGAGAGCGUCCGUAUUAAGAAGCUCAUCUUCCGGGGCGGUAUUGUGCACAGUCUCCGGGCAGAGGUGUGGAAAUUCCUUCUCAACUACUAUCAGUGGUCCGAUACCCAGGUGGAGCGUAUCGAGCGCCGAAAGCAAAGGUCAAUGGAGUACUACAACAUGAAGGCCCAGUGGCUGGCCAUGACCACGACUCAGGAGGCGAACUUCUGCGGAUACCGGGAACGCAAGUGCCAGAUCGAGAAGGAUGUGAAGCGCACAGAUCGCUCGCUGCAGUUCUUCGCUGGCGAGGAUAAUCCCAAUCUGGCCCUGCUGCAGGGCAUCCUCAUGACUUACGUGAUGUACAACUUCGAUCUUGGCUACGUCCAGGGAAUGUCCGAUUUGCUCGCGCCCAUUCUGGAGAUCCAGGUUAACGAGGUGGACGCCUUCUGGUGCUUCGUGGGCUUCAUGGAGCUGGUUUUCACAAACUUUGACAUGGACCAGGCGGGAAUGAAGACUCAAUUCGCCCAGGUCCGCCGCUUGAUUGAGUUCGCUAAUGCUCCGCUAUUUAACUACAUGCGCUCUCACGACUCGGACAACAUGUACUUCUGCUUCAGAUGGCUGCUGGUCUGGUACAAGCGGGAGUUGAGCAACGAGGAUGUUAUAAAGUUGUGGGAGUGUCUCUGGACUCGGCUGCCUUGUCCCAACUUCCACCUGCUCUUCUCGGUGGCCAUCCUGGACCAGGAGACGAGCGUGAUCAUUGACAGCCAGUAUGAGUUCACAGAAAUACUUAAGCAUGUCAACGAACUGUCUGGAAAUAUAGAUGUUCAAAAGACUCUGCAGAUUGCCGAGGCCAUCUACUUGCAGCUCAAAGCCUCGGAAACGCUGCCAAAUGACAUCCGCUGCAUCAUAGGGGAACCACUACUGCCAUUAGCUGCCGGCGAGGAGGUUGACGGUGGCAUGGUAGAUGAGGAACCUGCCUACUCGGAUGAUGGAUUCGAUGAACUGGUAAGGGAGCUCACUCCCGAGGAGAAGCUUCGACAGCAGACGUUACUGGAAGAGGCCUGCGAACGUUCCCUCUUCCUGCAGUUCCAUUAAUGUAAACGGGACCACAUUCGGCCACAAGAAACCUAGCCAAAUGCCCUUAGCAGAACAUGCGCAAAUUACACUGCCCUUUAAGUUUAUUUGCGAACAAAGUUAUGUUUGGGGUUGCCACUUAAGGGUCGAGUCUGUUAGCUGCGGUUUUUAUAAAUUUGUUGUUAAAGAAAAGAAUCCUAUGAGAAACCGACUGCUUUCAUAUUAAUGGAGGAGAAAAUAUUUAAUAAUAUUUUCCGUGUUCAACACGAGGUUCCCAUUAGCAUCCAAAAAAAUCAUGUCUUUGUUUAACAACAGCUUAACUUAUAGGGCAGUGUUAUCUUAAACAUUAAGACUCAAAGUUUACCAACGCAUCGAAGCAAAGCGAAGCGAGCCAAGCCAAGUGCUUUAACUGCUGAUACACAGAUUUAUAUAUUGUAUAUUAUACAUAUUUGUACGUUUUUGUAUUUAUUGUAAGUUAUUUUCCAAACAUACACCACUCUACCCCCAUCUCCUCCCUAUUCGAUCACUUUAAGUACACCAAAACCACUACUUUAAUUAUAUAGAAUUUAGUUCUCGUGCCUGUCGAACGCGAAACAUUUAAGGUAUCCCCUUUUCAGUUAAUCGGAAUUUCACACGCCCAGCUUUUGUUGUUGUUUUCUAAGUUGGAAAAAUUACUGUGAAUAUACACCGAUAUACAAAUACAUUACAAAUGCGUAGUAAAAGUAUCUAAAUACAACACCAGGUUGCAUACGAAAA